AUGAGCGUCUCAUCCAAUUCCAAUCCCGAGGCUUCAGCACGAUUGGAUUCCGCUUUUCAGCGAGCACUGGCCAAGUUCAAGACGGAUAGCCUCACCGAGAAGGAGGGAGAUGAGUUCCAAUGGGGCACCUUGGAUGAACUCAAGGCCUCCAUCGAGAAGAUACAGGACGAACAGGUUUCUAAGAAUAAGAAUCGGAAUCUCAACAGGGUGAAGGCUUUCCUCGAGGGGAUGCAGCAGUACGAGGAGAUAGUCAAGGUGUUUCUCAACACUUGCAACUAUCUCGCCUUUGUCUGGGGCCCGAUGAAAUUUCUCUUGCAAGUGACGAGCAACUUUGUCAAUGCUUUUGAUGCGCUUCUUGACAUGUACAACGAGAUCGGCGAGCAGCUUGGACUUCUGGGCAAAUACCAGUCCCUCUUCUGCGAGAAGCCUCAUAUGAUGAAUGUCCUUGAGAUGAUCUACGUGGACAUUCUUGAAUUCCACGCCAAGGCCUUGUCCUAUUUCAGGCAGAAACUAUGGAAGCAACUCUUCCGCCACACGUGGAAGAACUUCCGCACACGCUUCAACGACACGAUUCAGAACUUCAAGAGACACAAGUCCCUCAUCGAAAGCCAGGCAACGCUCGCCCAGUUCGAGGAGAUCUGCUCCAUCCGCAAACAGCAGGCCGAGCAGCUGACGUUCCAGAGGGAGGAAGCCGUGAAACGCCGUGCCCAGGCGGUGCGGGCUUGGUUGGCUGCCGAAAGCAUGACGGUACAUCAAGACCACUUCUCGGCACUGAGACACGAAUAUCCCGGCUCCGGAGAAUGGAUUCUGAAAAAGAACCGGGUUAGACAAUGGUUGGACGUGGGGUCGGCCGCCGGGCCUUUGCUGUGGUUGACGGGGAUUCCUGGUGCGGGCAAGACGUUCCUAGCUUCUACGCUGAUCGAGGAGCUGCAAAAGCGGACAGGCGUCCAUGUCCUGUUCUUUUACUGCAAGUACGAGACAGUCGGCAGAAACAGUUUCAUGGAUAUCGCGAGGAGUCUUCUGCAGCAAUGCUGUCUGGGCGAUGAGCGUCUGCAGGAAUAUAUCGAAGCAAAAUCCUCCGGAGAAGACACGUUGAGGAAGUCGCAGGCAAAGGAGCUCCUUGACGUGGCCAUUCGCCGCAAGAACAGGGCGUUCAUCAUCAUCGACGGCAUUGAUGAGUGCAAGAAGGAGGAGAAAGUCGAGAUCGUAUCCUGGCUUCGCGGUAUUGUCGCGGGUGAUUGCGGAGCAUCUGAUAGCGAUGAAGAAGAAGAUGUGGAGAACGAGGGCGAAGAGACGGCCGUGCGUGGCUUGAUUGUCGGCCAGGAAGAUAAUGACUCGUGGAGGCUUCUUCGGGACCUGCCGGUUGUCAAAAUUGAACCGGGAGACAACGAGGCAGACAUUCUGAGGUUUUGCAGGGAUGGAGAGUCCAAGAUCAAGGCCAGGUUCGAAACAGGGUCUCUCGACGUUGCAGAAACUGUUGCGAAAUAUGCAGCUGGUAUGUUUCUCUUUGCAAGAUUGGUCAUGUCCAAUCUACGGACACAAAUCUCGCAGUACCGGUUCGAACAAGAGAUGAAAUGGGUGACGGAAGGGACUGUCGUUGACAAGAUCACCGAAAAGCUGGAAUUGGCCUACGGUCGAAUCAUUACCAGAGUCAUCACAGAAGCCGAGGAAGCUGAGCGGGAGGGCGCCUUGCAACUCCUUGGCAUAAUGGUCUCGGCACAACGCGAUCUGGCAUGGCACGAGAUUCAGGGACUGCUCGCGGUUGAUUUGGCAAGUCGACUGAUUGAUGUCAAAAGGCACAUGUCCGUUGACUCCAAGGAUCUGUGCGGGUCUCUGGUAGAGGUGCGGUCUGGCCAGACAGUCACACUAGUUCACACAUCGGCCGAACACUACCUUGUCAAGCGUGGAAUCGUCAAUGUCGGUCGGCAACACGUUAACAUGGCGAGGAUUUGUCUCGGCUACCUGAGCAUGGCUCCGUUCGACCCGGCCCUCACGACGAAUGAGAUCUAUGAUCUGCUCAAAGCCGGCCAUUACGCAUUUGCAUUCUAUGCGUUGGCCCAUUGGCUGGAUCACCUCGAAAAGGCUGCAGAAUCGCUUCAGCAUGCCAAGAAGCCGGAAGAUCUCCAAAUGGAACCGCUCUUGGAGGAGAUUGAGCAUUUCCUAGAAAACAACUACCAGAGUCCCAUUGAGACGUCGGCCGAGGAAAAAUCUCAGGUGGGGAGGUUUGAGCCUUUCGAGGUCUUCGGCGAGUCGGGCCACAUGGAGUCUUUGACCCAAGCUCGCCAUACUUGGCUCGAGUUCACCGGACGCGACGAGCCGGCUGAACUCCUACCACCGCCACCGCCACCGUCGAGAGCCUCCGAAGAUUCCACGGACCGCGGCUCUUCAAAUGCUCAGUGGUCCGUUGCCGCUAUUUCCAUGAUGGAUUUGAAGCUCGGCGAGAUCGUGACUCCCACCAAAGCCGCCACAGAUUUCGAUUCUGCUGCCACAUCGACGGUUGUCCAAAAGCUUCUUUUGGUUUCAGCAGCGAGUAUUUACUGGAGAGACACCUCAGUCAGGAUCAUCACGACCUUCAGGGCUAUACCAGCGACGAGCCCGUCACGUUUCCUGUUUUGA